GCAGCAGCCUCCUCUCGUGUUUGUCGGAGCAGCAGGAGUCAGCGGAGGAGCGAUGCUGAGCGCGCGGCAGGAUGUCUCUCACCUCCUCCUCCUCCUCCUCCUGCCUCCGGACUCUCCGAGCAUUCCUCCUCCUGCAGCUCCUCCUCGUACCGCCGUGCCUCCUACACCCGCAGCCGUGCCGCCUCCUGGCGCAGAUCGGCCACUCCGUGCGCGUCGGUGCGCUCCUGCCGGCGCAGCGGGCGGCGCGCGUACAGGUCCAGGCGGCGCUGAGCCGCGCGGCGGCCGCGGUGAGCCGGAACCGGGAGCUGGAGCGGGACCCGGAGCGUGUGAACUUCCUGCCCUACAACCUGAGCCUGGAGCUCGUGCCCCGGCAGUUGACCGCCGCGGACCCGGAGUCGCUGCUCCGCUGCGCGUGCCAGGGCGUGGUGGUGCAGGGAGUGUCCGCCGUGCUCGCGUUCCCGCAGAGCCGCGAGGAGCUGCUACAGGUGGACCUCACCGCCUCCUCCCUGGAGAUCCCCUUCAUCAGCGUCCUCCAGCACGGAGAGCCGCUCCGCACGCAGAACCGGUUCCACCUGCAGAUGGUGACGGGUGUUCCAGAGUCCGGUCUGUCUGAUCUGCUGCUGACUGUUCUGCAGCGGUCCGGUUGGCGGGAGGGGACCGCCGUGCUGUGUCGGGGCUGGGAGGAGGCUCGGGGUCUUCUGCAGCUCCUAGACCAUCACAGCAGUGCAUCGUGGGAGGGCGGCAGGAGGGUCACCUGGCACUUGCGAGCCCUGCUGAACCUGACGCAGUUGGCUCAUGAUGACACGCAGAUCCACGACUUCCUGUCUCGACACUUCCGGCAGAACCAAGCCUCACCAGCCUCAGUGCUGCUGUUCGGGGCCGACCCGCAGUGCGCAGCGGCUGUGCUGCGCAGCGCCCAGGACCUGGGCCUGACGUUACCCAUGGUACACUGGGUGCUGGGUCAGCCGCUCAGCCCCGACGUGCUGCACACCAUCGGGCUGCCGCUUGGCCUACUGGCCUACGGUGAGGUGGAACGGAAACCGCUUGACUACUACGUUAGAGACGCCCUGCAGCUCAUCACCAGGGCUGUUGCUGCGGCGACUGCGGUGAGGCCGGACCUGGCUCUGAUCCAGAACACGAUGAACUGCUACGACAAACCCAACAAGCACGAGCUGCUGACCUCAGGACAGUACCUGUCCAGGUUUUUGUCAAACACAUCUUUCUCUGGACUCACCGGUCCCGUCCGAGUCCACCAGAAUUGGUCUGAGGUUAUUACUCUGCAGCGAUUCCAUAUCUGGAGUCUGCGGCGGGACGCACUGGGUCAACCCACCUGGGUGACAGUAGGCAGCUGGGAGGAUGGCUCGCUGCAGGUGGAGGACCAGCAAGUGUGGCAAGGACCCAAGCCUCACCACAGGAUGGAUGGGAUGGGUGGGAGGACCAGGGGCCGGUGGCGGGCAGGGUUGCCGGUGGCAGGGAGUCGGGUCCGGGUGGUAACCCUGGUGGAACAUCCUUUCGUGUUCACGCGGGACGUGGACGACGAGGGCAGCUGCCCGGCCGGUCAAUUCUGCCUGGAUGCUGCCGCUAACAGCUCAGAGACCCUGGAGAGAUACUUCAGGGAAGUGGCAGUUGGGAACAGCAGCUCGCUGCCCAGAGACUACACCAAGUGCUGCUAUGGAUAUUGUAUAGACCUGCUGGAGAAGCUGGCUGAGGACCUAGGCUUUGAGUUUGACCUUUACAUCGUCGGAGACGGAAAGUAUGGAGCUUGGAAGGGAGGGCGCUGGACCGGGCUGGUGGGAGAUCUCCUGAAUGGUCUGGCAGACAUGGCCGUCACCUCAUUUAGCAUAAAUUCUGCCCGUAGCCGGGUGAUCGACUUCACUUCGCCCUUCUUCUCCACCAGCCUGGGCAUUCUGGUGCGCAGUAAGGACACAGCAGCCCCCAUCGGGGCCUUCAUGUGGCCCCUGCACUGGUCCAUGUGGGUGGGCAUCUUCCUGGCGCUGCACAUCACUGCACUUUUCCUCACGCUCUACGAGUGGAAGAGUCCUUAUGGGAUGACACCUCAUGGGCGCAACCGGAUGAGGGUAUUCUCUUACUCAUCAGCUCUCAACCUGUGCUACGCCAUCCUGUUCGGGCGCACGGUCUCCUCUAAGACCCCAAAGUGCUGGACGGGCCGCUUCCUGAUGAACCUGUGGGCCAUCUUCUGUCUGCUGGUGCUGUCCAGCUACACCGCCAACCUUGCUGCUGUCAUGGUGGGAGAGAAGACCUUUGAGGAGGUCUCAGGGAUCCAUGAUGCCAAGCUGCAUCAUCCGUCACAGGGUUUUCGUUUUGGGACAGUGAGGGAAAGCAGUGCGGAGGAUUACAUGAAGAAGAGUUUUCCAGAAAUGCAUGAAUACAUGAGACGCUUCAACGAGCCGACCACACCUGAAGGAGUUGCCACCCUCAAGACAGAUCCUCCUCAGCUCGAUGCCUUCAUCAUGGACAAAGCUCUGUUGGAUUACGAAGUCUCCAUCGAUGCCGACUGCAAACUGGCGACAGUCGGGAAACCGUUUGCCAUUGAAGGUUACGGUAUCGGCCUCCCUCAGAAUUCUCCUCUGACAUCCAAUGUCUCCGAGUUCAUCAGCAGGUACAAAUCCGAUGGUUACAUGGACCUGCUGCACGACAAGUGGUACAAAGUGGUUCCGUGUGGGAACCGUGUGUUCGCCGUUACUGAGGUCAGUGUGACAGCAGCACACCUGUGUGGCCGCGGCCACCUGUUCCUUCCUGUUGCUGGUGUAGAGCUGCUCAGAGAUCAAACCUGAGAUGCUUUCAUGAAAUGUAUUUUAUUUCAACCUUCUCAAAGCCAACAGAACAACAUGAGGAGGCGUCUGGACACUUCAGAGAAAAUCCACCGAGCUCUGAACAUGACGUACGAGGACGUGAAGAGGCAGCGAGCAGAGAGAGAGAAGAGCUGUAACCUGCACAAGUCUCAGCCCCCUCCGGCCCCUCCCGCUCCGGGAGCUUCAGCCAAAUGGAACAACGAGGCGAGCAAGGACGCCGCUGCCGCAGCUACCGCCGCUGCUGCCAAAGAUGCCAGAGACUUCAAAAGAGUCCACUUCAACCUGGAGACGCUGAACACCCGCCGUCUGCUUGCUCGUCUUGCAGUCUCUGAAGCCAAGGGAGGCAGCGCCAUGGCUGAGAAGGAGGGUCCAGCCAAGCCGAAGGCGGGGCCAAACAGCAGGCUGUGUGAGAAUGGAGGACCGGCGGCUUCGUUCACCAACCGACUCCUCACGCUCCCCUCCUCAUCCUCCUCUGCAAGACCCAAUGCUUCAGCUCCACCCCCCACAGCUGCGGCGCUUUCUCCGCCUGCUACUUCCACCCCUGCCCCCGUUACCAUAGCCCCGCCUGCCUCAGAUGCCCCACCCCGUGCUGCUGUGGCUCCGCCCCGGCCUGGCGAGCUGGAGGAGCUCGAGGAGGAGAUCGAACAGAUGAGGGAGAAGUUACGGACAGCUCUGGCAAGGAGAGCUGAGAUUCAGACGACUCUAACCAAACCCACCGUCACAGUGACAAGCACCCCAUCAUCCGUUACCACGACAACCAUUAUGGCAACCCCAACAACAACAGGAGCCACGCCCAUACCCAUACCAACCAUUACCCCAGUAACAACCCUUCCUUCCAACAUGAAAUGCGUCACGACCAUGACCGACCCGCCUCACAAAGUCCUAUCUAAAGUCCGGCCCCUCCAUAGCAGCCUGGCCAGUCAGAGGAGGUGAUGUUCUCUGGAAAGGUCACGACACGGCGGCCAUUCUAAUCAGCAGUGAGGAAAAAAAAUGUUCCUUUUAUUUUGUUUAACUUUCUCAAGUUCUCAAAGAAGUUGAUUGGACAGAAAACAUCAAAGAGCCCUGAAGCUAAUCAGAUGAUUGGUUACCUAAUCAAUAUUUUUAGGCUGGAUGAAAUUAUUGAACCCUUUAGAGUACAAACACUUUAUAUUUCCAGCUAAAAUUAGA